AUGCCCGCGGCGACUCUCCAAGCCCCGACACUUGAGUCCUUGGCUUCCGUCUUCCCCCUUACCUUCCCUCUCCCCACACCAACUACCCAUCCCGAUCUUGUCACGACUAAGGACCUCCACCGCGAGGAAGACCUCCAUCGCAACCCUUCGUCUUCGCGGCAUUGGUGGAAUGCCAUUCAAAAUGUAAAGGAGGCUUCUGCAGCUUUGCAACGCGCGGAGGGCCCGUCGGACCUGGAGCCAGAAGUGGCCGCCCUUCUUGGUCCUCUCUCUUCCCCAGCAGCCCGCACGUCGCUUCAACGGCAGGCGUACAUAUAUGAGGCCGCACUCGCGCAAUUUCCAGCUUCAUUCAAGCUGUGGAAGUCGUAUCUACAGACGCGCAUGUCUUUCGUCUUGGGCAAACUCGUUCAGAAGAAACGCGCGGGUGGCAAGAAGAAGUUCCCGGAAAUGGGCGAGGCUCUCGAGGACGAGAAGGAGGACCUGGAGCAGUGGGAAGGCGGCGAGUGGAAGAUGUUGAUUGCGACAUUCGAGCGUGCACUCAUGUGGCUGCCAAGGAUGCCGCGCAUAUGGCUGCUCUACCUAUCCAUCUUCAACCACCCCUUCUGUCCGCCACAAAUCUCUCAUACACACGCGCGGCGAACCUUUGACCGUGCACUACGCACCCUUGCUCCUUCCCUCCACCACCGCGUCUGGGUGCGGUACUUGCUAUGGGCAGAAUCAAAAGGUGGCGCGACGACUGUUGCCGUAUACCGCAGGUACCUGGCCGUCGACCCCAGCCUCACCGAACGCUAUACAGCCCUUCUCCUCUCCCCCAAUAACCCCGACCCCCGGCCGCUAGAAGCUGCCAAAUUGUUAUUGUCUCUGGCUCGUAAAGCCGCUCGGGGAGAAUACACCAGUCCAGAGGGUAGGAGUCCUUACCAGCUCUUGGGCGAGUUCCUCGAUGUAGUGGAGCAACAUGCUGAAGAGGUCGGUCUGGACAUUACUGACACCGACAACUCAAAUAAGAAGAUUGCAGACGAGGCCGAGACGUCAGCGUCCCAGCAACCUGAAGCCCCUGCAUCCAUGGGCGGGAAGCUCAUCCGCUUUGCUGGCCCUGCAGUCGCAGUCGGGUCGGACGGCAAAGCUCUUCCCGCGUACGACGAGGACGAGGAUCCGCGGAGUCUCCGCAAGCUUAACAUUGAAGAUAUCAUCCACAAGGAUGGCCUGGAGAUGUACAAGGACCAGGCGGGGCGUCUGUGGACUGGGCUUGCGACGUACUGGAUCAAGAGGGCCGAAUUCGACCGCGCGAAGCUCACGCUUGAGAAGGGAUUGGCAACCGUGCUCACGAUCCGUGACUUCACACAAAUCUUCGACGCUUACGCGGAGUUUUCGGAGAGUCUGAUCAGCGCCCUCAUGGAAGACGAGGAAGACGUGAAGGAGACGGAAGCAGAACUGGACACGAAGAUGAAGGAAUUCGAGGAGCUCAUGGAUCGCCGGCCAUUUUUGGUCAACGACGUGUUGCUUCGACGGAAUCCUAACGAUGUGCAGGAAUGGGUGAAGCGGGUGGCAUUGUGGGGGGACGACGACGAGAAGGUUUGUUUGUUUUCCUUAAACAUCAUCGCAACAGCCAACUUCCACAAGCUGUACAUCAACUUCGCAAGGUUUUACGAGGAGGGUGGGAGCUCAGGAGAAGCGGAGAAGGACAUCGACAGUGCCCGUAAAAUCCUUCUCAAAGCUACCAAAGUCAACUUCAAAACUGUGGAUGAACUCGCCGAAGUCUGGUGCGAAUGGGCGGAGAUGGAGAUCCGACACGAGAACUACGACGAAGCUAUCCGUGUCAUGCAGCGUGCCGCUGUGGUUCCCAAGAAUACAAAGAUCAACUACUUUGACCAUUCAUUGAAACUUUGGUCAUUUUACGUUGAUCUCGAGGAGUCUCUUGGCACGGUAGAGUCAGCGAAGGCCGUCUAUGACAAGAUCAUGGACUUGCAACAAUACUACGAGGAGAGCUUCAAGGUCUAUGAGCGUGGAACAGAGCUGUUCACCUUCCCUGUGUCUUUCGAAAUUUGGAACAUCUACCUCGCCAAGUUCGUCAAGCGUUACGGAGGGUCGAAGAUCGAGCGAACACGAGACUUCGAAGUCCUGCAAAUCCAUCUUAUGAUGUAUGCAGCUUUCGAAGAAGAGCAUGGUCUAGCGAAGCGUGCGAUGUCGAUCUACGACCGCGCGACCACCGCGGUGGCAGACGAAGACAAGUUCGAGCUGUUCACGAUCUACAUCGCGAAGGCGACGUCGAACUACGGCCUGCCCGCGACGCGGCCUAUCUACGAGCGCGCGAUCGAGACGCUCCCCGACCGGCAGACGGCGGAGCUCUGCCUCCGCUGGGGAGAUCGACCGCGCGCGGGCGGUUUCUGCGACCCGCGCGUGCACCCCAAGUUCUGGGCGGAGUGGAACGCGUUCGAGAUCGAGACCGGGUCCGAGGACACGUUCCGGGAGAUGCUCCGCGUGAAGCGCUCCGUCCAGGCGCAGUUCAACACCGAGGCGUCGUACCUCGCCGCGCAGAUGGCCGCGAAGGAGGGCGGGGGCGCGAACGGGGGCGCGCGAACAGGGCGGCGGCACAGCAGGAGGCACCCCGUGGACGCGAUGGCCGCGGCGGAGCGGCAGGCGGGCGGGGGCAAGGCUCCGCGUUCGGAGCAGGAGGCGCUCGAGGCGGCCCCGGCGCAGGCGAACGCGGACGAGAUCCACAUAUCGGACGACGAGGACGAGGAUUGA